ACGAUUCCCACCAUUUGCUCAACCAAGGUAACAUACCGACUGCCAGACGAUAUUCUCCAUGGCCCGGUUUCUGCCUCCAGAGUUGAAGGAAGAGAUCGUCAGAAAUGUCAUCAGCGACACCCCUCCGUCUGCCUACAUGUGGCCUCCCAGUGUUGAGAAAGCUCUUCGCAGCCUAUCCCAAUCAAAUCGUGACUGGAGGAGGGCGGCUGCGGACAAGGUUUUCCAGCGCCUUGUCAUCCGGUCCAGACGCCAAAUCAUUCAACUGCUCGCUAGUCCUCAUAAGCUCCGAUUCGUGCAAUCAAUGGCACUUUUGCCAGGAUCUUGGGAUUACGCAAACAGGCGGACUCGUAAUGGCAAUCAUGCCUAUUGCACCGAUGACCUAGCGCCUCUCUUUCUCGCGGUGGCACCGAGUCUCCAACGGCUGUUCAUUUUUCAUUAUCACACGAACGAACCAAGGUGUAGUCGUUGGCCCUCGGCAAUCUCCCGUCUCCUCCACCUAGAAGAGUUGGUCGUUCAUCAGUACGCGAGUCACUUCCCCCAUCUUCUCUUUAGAUGGGAAGCUGGCGAAGAAGAAUAUGGAGGCCAAGACACGAGUAGAACGGAACGACGUGCCGAGAUCGGAUUCGCAUCAGCGGUAUCGCUUCCGCAGUAUAUUCCUGUGGGGCACAGCAAUGCUGACACUGCUGCCUAUUCGGUCCCAUCCGGUCAGGGCCGUGGCAUGCAUCAUAACAACCCAGCAUCCGCUCAGGGUGAUGAAGACGAUCACUACGAGUUCAGCCACCCUGAUGACUUCUUAUGCUACCGACCUUCAUGGCCUUCAUUGCCCAUGCUGAAGCGUCUUGCAAUAUCCGCAAACCAGCUUAAGUGGAAGGAUUUCAAGUUUGUCGAGUUCUUUCCUCGUAUCGAGCAGCUCGUGUUUGUGGAUUACACCUCUAUCGAAGAGGACGCGGAGGUCAGAUCAAUAGGACGGCAACUGCGAGAGAACCCGUCCUUCCGGGUCGUACUCGUUGAGCAGAGUAGAGAGGACGUCCCGCUUGAUUGGGAAGAUGACAUGCCGCUAUUGCCACAGGAUCGGUUCCUCUUUCAUUUAUAUGAUGCUUCGGAGAUAAACACAGCGGAUCCAUGGCUCGUGCAACGGGCCUUACUUGGUGGUAUAUUUGACGUUGGCACAUCCUUCUCGGAGUUACGCCGUCGACUAGGAUAUUGAUCCCUGGCCAUCUUUAUAGCUUGCGUUCUUCUCUUUUUGGAUUUUCAUAUCAUUUCUCAAGGUUUUGUGUGUCAUUUGAUGCCGCAGUUCGGCUUUUUCUUCGAUCCAUGCCGGUUUCUUGCUGAAUAAACAAAUGAAUGUGUUUUGCG